AUGGCGUCCACCACUACUCUCGUCACGCUCGAUAACUAUGCGUCCAAGAUGCCGGGGUGGGCUCCUAAUCAGCCCAACCACCUCUACGCCCUAGUUGACAUGGGAAGUAAUGGCAUUCGGUUCUCCAUCUCGGACCUUUCCCCCCCGCAAACUCGCCUCCUGAGGUGUCUGUACCGGGAACGCGCUGCUAUUUCCUUAUUUGACGCCCUCGACGCGUCUUCCUCCUCCCCUGGGAAUCUAGUACUACCACCAGAUACCAUCUCCCUAGUGGCCAAGACCCUGGCUCGGUUCAGGUCUAUUGCUGACGACUAUGGGGUGCCGGCCGAGCAUAUUUCCGUCUUUGCUACGGAAGCUAUGCGGACGGCCCAGAACGCGGCUUCGAUGCUGGAAGCUAUCCGAGCCGAGUCCGGCCUCGGAGUAUACGUUCUGGCUCCUCAAGUCGAGACGCUGUUUGGCGCCGUGGGCGCUAGGAGCGGAUUUACCUCGGCGAAGGGCCUGUUCCUCGACUUGGGCGGCGGCUCGGUACAGAUGACGUACCUCGACUCAUCUAUGGAGGACUACGAAAUCGUGACUGCGCAAACCGGGGAAAGCCUCCCCUUUGGAGCCGCUAAGUUGAUGAAGGUUUUCGAAAGUGACACAGCGAAGAUCCAAGUCGCCGACUUUCAUACGGGUAUGCGAAGCGCAGUCGCUAAGCUCGAGCGGCGAUUCCCGUCCCUGAAGGACGCGCAAGGAACAGAGAGCGAAGGCGUCGAUAUCUACCUCUGCGGUGGCGGCUUCAGAGGCUACGGAAGUAUCUUGAUGCACAGUGAUCCCAUCCGACCGUACCCGAUACCAGCCAUCGGGACCUAUACUGUCGGAGGCGCGUUGUUCAGUCGGACUCAAGAUAUGCGCAAGGUAAAUGCUGAAUUUGAUGGCAAGAUUUUUGGUAUGUCGAAACGACGGCGUCGGCAAUUCCCCGCUAUCGCCACCGUCGUAGAGGCAUUGGUCGGCGCCGUUCGCAAAAUCCGCACUGCGACAUUUUGCGCCGGCGGCAAUCGAGAGGGCGCUUUGUUUAUGAAGCUCCCGCGAGGCAUGAGAGAGGAAAACCCCUUACCCCUCCUCUACCAAGUCAGCGGCGACGUAGAGCUGGAGACCCAGCGCUCGGCAAUGGGAAUCAUAGGGUCUUCCCUCCCUGGCGACUUUGAUCUCUCCGAGGUUCCAACGGUUUUCACCCUGGGAAUUGGCCCGCUAUUUAUAAGCGGUAUAUGGUCGCGUACCGGGGAGCCAAGUGAGGCUAAUGCAUCGUUUGAACUUCAUCACGCCGUCAUACGUGACCCCAGCGUGCCUGGUUUCGCCCAUUUGGCGCGAGCGGUCUUGGGCCUGACCCUUUGCUCUAGAUGGGGAGCUAGUUUCGGUCCCAUCGACCAACAGCUGUACACGAAUUUGCAGAAACUUGUCAGCAGAGCAAAUCCAGAGGCGACCUUUUGGGCGGAAUACAUCGGCGCAGUUUCUAGUCUACUUGCUGAGGUUUGUCCAGCAAAGCCGGAUAGUCCUGAGAAACUGAGAAAUCUUAUCAAGUUCAACUCGGCCGUGACACUCGGAAGGAGGAAAGCAAAGAUCCACCUGACGGUUUCGUUGUCCCCGGUGCUCUUCCGGGAUCUCAACCAUGAGGCCCUACAGAGUUCUUUCGAGAAGGUCGGCAGGCACCAGCACACUGCGGGCGGCCUGGGGAGGAAAGUCGAGCUCAGUGUACAGAAAAUGCAAUAUUAA